CGGGGGCGCUCGGAGGCGGGAGACCGAUGGUAGAAGCGGCGGCGGCGCGGGCGUGUCGGGGCUGGCCGUCACGUGGCCUCGCGCGUCUUUCUCAUUGGCCGGCCGCGCGAUCGCUUCCGCCCGCGAGGAAGAUGGCGGCGUCCGCGCCUUCGUGCUGAGGCCGGCGCCCGCUGGCACCGCCCCCCGUGCCGCCUGCCCGCCUCUUCCCGGAAGAAAGAUGGCCGCCUCCUGAGUCUCGUCCUGUUGGCGGCGUCACUGGGGCUCCCCGCUCCGUUCUUCGGCUUUUGGGCAAGGGGCGGGAGGCCGGCCCCCAGCUGUUGUCUGCCCUGAGCCUUGGGAGGUGCCGGGGCUUGGAAGGCGCACGCCGCCCCCAGCCUCCCACCGCCUGCCUUUGGACCCUGGACGUGGCCAUGGCCCGGCAGGCAGCCCCCUGCAGCCUGGCCCCCCGCCGCCUGUGCCUGCUGGGCGCCCUCCUGCUGGUGGACGCCGCGGCACGUCCCGCCAACCACUCGGCCCACAGGGGGGAGCGUGAGCUGCGGCCCCCAGACCACCUGAACGGGGUGAGGCUCGAGGCGGACGGGCACCUCAACAAGGACUUCCACCAGGAGGUCUUCCUGGGCAAGGACUCAGCCGCCUUCGAGGAGGACGCUGAGCCGCGCAGCAGCAGGAGGAGGCUGAUGGUCAUCUUCUCCAAGGUGGACGUCAACGUGGACCGGAAGAUCAGCGCCAAGGAGAUGCAGCGGUGGAUCAUGGAGAAGACAGCCGAGCACUUCCAGGAGGCCGUGAAGGAGAACAAGCUGCACUUCCGCUCCGUGGACCCCGAUGGCGACGGCCGCGUGUCGUGGGACGAGUACAAGGUUAAGUUUCUGGCUAGCAAAGGCCACGACGAGAGGGAAGUUGCUGAGAAGAUAAAGAACAACGAGGAGCUGAAGAUUGACGAGGAAACGCAGGAAGUCCUCGAGAACCUCCGGGACCGCUGGUACCAGGCGGACAGCCCGCCGGCCGACCUGCUGCUCACUGAGGAGGAGUUUCUCUCCUUCCUGCACCCGGAGCACAGCCGCGGCAUGCUGCAGUUCAUGGUCCGCGAGAUCGUCCGCGACCUGGACCAGGACGGCGACCAGCGGCUCUCGCUGUCCGAGUUCGUCUCGCUGCCCGCGGGCACGGUGGAGAACCAGCAGGGCCGGGACAUGGACGACAGCUGGGUGAGGGACCGGAGGAAGGAGUUCGAGGAGCUGAUCGACACCAACCACGACGGGAUCGUGACCAUGGAGGAGCUGGAGGGCUACAUGGACCCCAUGAACGAGUUCAGCGCCCUCAGCGAGGCCAAGCAGAUGAUCGCCAUCGCCGACGAGAACCAGAACCAGCACCUGGAGCCCGAGGAGGUGCUCAAGUACAGCGAGUUCUUCACAGGCAGCAAACUGGUGGACUACGCCCGCAGCGUGCACGAGGAGUUCUGAGCCCCCGCCCCGGCUCGGCCCGCCCGGCAGCUCCAGCACCCGCGAGGGGAGCGCCCGGGCCAGGCUCCCACGGACUGCGGGCAGUAGCACCUUCCGGAGCCCUCCUGUCCCUCCCACCCGGGCCGGGUUUAUUAAAGAUUUGUUUUGACA